UCUGUGCAAGCUGAAAUAAAUCAUUUAAAAAGCCGUGCUUAUAGUUUUAAAUGCGAUUAAUUUAAUUCUUGGUGAAUGUUAUACUGAUGGAUUAUCAGGUAGAGACAUCAUGGCUUUCGGUAAUUUGCGGUUUUCCAGAUCAGAUAUUCUUAAAUCUCAUGUCUAAUCCUGAUAAUACAAUAAUAAUAAUCUAUGUAGAUGCUUUUAAUAUUUCUUAUCUCAAAUUGUUUAUAUAAGGAUAAUAUGCUUCUGCCUUUUAAUUAUUAAGGUGUUGAUUAGGUUUGUACCUUAAAGUCCAAAAACAGUUUAUUGCGUUAGUUUGUGCAAAAUGACUGUUAUAUAUUUGAGCGGUAUUUUCUUUCUAAUAUUUUGCGCUUUCGCAAAUGGAAACCCCAUUUCAAACUCGUCUCUCCGACGCAUAUCACAAAAUUCCUUCGUCCGCAUAGUUGGUGGACAAGAUGCUGAUAUUGCAGACUAUCCUUAUCAAGUUUCAGUCUUAAUCGACGGGCAGCAUGCUUGUGGUGGUUCAAUUAUUGCAAAUAAUUUUAUAUUAAGUGCAGCACAUUGCUUUGCUGAAGAAUCGAGAGCAAGCCAUAUUACAAUUAGAGCAGGAUCUACAUAUCGAACCACGGGAGGACAAGUGGUUCAAACCAAAACGAUUACUGCACAUCCUAAUUUCAAUGAAGAUACCUAUGAUUAUGAUAUUGCUGUUGUCGAACUUGCGUCUCCAUUGGUACUGGGAACUAAUGUACAAACAGUUUCACUACCACCCAGUGGUACAGCAUUUAGCAAUGGUGAAAAUUCUGUAGCUACAGGUUGGGGCCUUACCCGCAAUGACGGUGAUCUCGCUGAUGUGUUGCAAGUUGUCACUCUUCCUUUAAUUACAACUGCAACUUGCAAAAGUAAUUAUUAUGGAAGUGCCAUUAGUUCAAGAAUGUUUUGUGCAGGAGCUGCUGGAAAGGACUCAUGUUUUGGUGAUUCAGGUGGUCCUCUUGUAAGUGAUUCUAUUCAACUUGGAAUAGUUUCAUGGGGAGACGUAUGUGGGCAGGCAUCGACUCCAGGAGUAUACACAAAAGUUACUGAAUUUUUAAGUUUCAUCAACAAUAUUAUUUCUGUUAAAAAGAAAACGUUGUAGGAACUUCGAUGUUAAUGUGUUCAAUAUACUUGGCUAUAUUUAUUGGCUAAAACUA